AUGGCCAUGCCAGAGGACGCUGCGACGGAGAGGGAUGCUAUUCGAACAUCAUUCGGAUACAUUCAUCCAGCUACGAUCAACGCUGACGGCAGCUUCAACAAUAUAGAUUACAAGGACACUGAGGGAUGUAUGGAACACGGGGAACGCCUUAGUAAACUUAUUCAAGCGUAUUAUCUUAAUCUAACUGUAGAUUACAUUGAAAAUUAUUUUUAUCAGAACGCAUCUACGUGGAAAUGGAUCGCAAAAUCUUGGGAGUUCGUAGCUUAUAGUGCUCCUGACGUCACGGACUGGAACUGGUGGACGGCACAGAUCGGUACCCCAAGGUCCUUCUGGCAAGGUCUCUUCCUGUCGAGAGGAAAGAUAAGCGAUAAACUGUACGAUCAUAUGAUCAAAAGGUAUUGGACUGAUGCUCAAGUUUGGAACAUCUCAACCAUAGAUGGUAAAAUGUCGGCUUCAAAUUUGGCCAAUAGGGGAUUUCUAGGGUUGUUUGAGACGUUCUAUCAAAGCGAAGGUCAAUUUAGUGACAGACGCAAUUCACUUAUUGAGCUCUUGAAACACGAGAUAAUAAAUAAAGCUGCAUAUCAAGGAGAGGGUGUAGGGCCCGAUUAUUGCAUUCACAUACAUAACAUACAUGAGGGAGUAUGGGAGGUCCCUUACUACAGUUCCCACCUCCGACGUAUGAUCUACAAUGGCGGAUAUGGGGCAGAAUAUCUCAAGAGAUUUGCCUACAUCUAUAUCCUUUUACGAAACACUGAAUACCAGGAAGAUGAAGUUAUGUUGUCAGAGUUCAUUAAUUGUUUCCUGGAGUGCCAUCAAUAUUUGGUUCGCGGCAAGACAUUUGAGCCGUCAGCAGUUGGGCGUAAUAUCGCCGACGACGAGCGAGUGACUUACUGGGCGGCUUACGACUCCGUGUACAAGGUCGCGGAAUUGCUCUUGCAACUUGACUUCCGCAAAGAAGAAUUAGAAAACGUGAUUACGAGAUAUCAAAACAAUGGUCCUACUAGUGCGUCAAACGCCCUCAUUGGUAACAGGGGAUUAUUCGCCUCAGAUAUGAUGGUCCACCAUAGAUUAGGCUACAUGGCGAGUGUGCGUAUGUUUUCUACUCGCACGGUCCGACCCGAGACGUGGGUAAACCCCCGGAGAACAAUUAAUCCAUACGGGUACUAUUUUGGAGAUGGAUUUGUGUUCCUGACGAGGGACGACAACGAGUUUGGAAUCAGACACAACGAAGUUUUCAAAUAUUAUGACUGGGAAAAGAUUCCAGGUACCACGGUUGUUUACAGCGGAGAUGUACCACAAGAGGGAAUGGAGAGGGUUGGAGGUACUCCGAACUAUCCCCAUCAUAUAAGUAAUGCAAAAUUUGUUGGCAGUGCCUCGGAUGGAAUGUACGGUGCUGCUGCGAUGGUCUACGAUCGUCCUACUGUCAAUAUAACAAUGAAGAAAUCUUGGUUUUUGUUUGAUGAUGAAAUCGUCUGCUUAGGUAGUGAUUUAUCCCUCCGCGAGAACUAUACCUCUCUUGGACUUCCUAUAAUAACUACACUGAAUCAAAUAGUCCAAGAUGGCGACAUUGUAUACAUGGCUCCAACAGGAUCAUGGCAAUAUGCUGACUGGAACAACACAACAAGUGUGCCGAAUGCUAGAUGGAUUCACCACGACAAUAUGGGAUAUGUGUUCCCAAAUGGGGCAGAUGCAACAAUUGAUUCUUACGAAAAGACAGCGAAUGAUAAAAAGAUUAAUUUAACUGCGAUGUUCAUGGAACAUGGGUUAGAACCAUAUGCUUACAUCAUAUAUCCCAAUGUUACCUUAAACCAAAUAGAGAAGCUCCACGCUAAUCCAUCCGUGAUGAUUUUGCAGCAAGACACAAAUGCUCAUGUCGUGUACCAAACAACACUCCAUAUGUUAGCAAUGGUAGUAUUUUCUGCUCCAUUUUCUAUUCUCCAUCCAGAGUUCGCAUACUCCAUUACAGUUGACCUGGCUUGUAUUUUGAUGUUUCAGAAAAUUGAUAACAAUAUUUCAGUAACUGUUUCGUUUCCUACACAGCUUGCGUCGACAGUCAAUAUCACGUUAGGUAUGAAGGUCAAAGGAGUUGACUCCUAUAUUAAUCCCAGUGAAGGGACAUCCGUUGUGUUGUUCAAUUUCUCGGAUGACAGAAUGGUUGCAGGGAAAAGCCAAACCAAGAAUUACGAAAUUGUUGAACUUAGUACGUCAGCAAGUCUAACUCAAUUACCCACGAGUGCAACAAUUCCUGGAGAUGUUCCUACUGCAACUGACAUUGUUUCAAAUUCGUCACCGGAAAGUCCAACUAAAUUACCCACGAGUGCAACAAUUCCUGGAGAUGUUCCUACUGCAACUGACAUUGUGUCAAAUACGUCACCGGAAAGUUCAACUAAAUUACCCACGAGUGCAACAACUCCUGUAGAUGCUUCUACUGCAACAGUCACUUUGUCAAAUACGACACCAGCAAGUCCAACCCAAUUACCUACGAGUGAAAUAAUUCCCGUAGAUGUUUCUACUGCAACUGGUACUGUGUCAAAUACGUCACCAGCAAGUCCAACUCGAUUACUCACGAGUGCAACGACUCCUGUAGAUGUUGUGAUUGUGUCAAAUACGUCAGCAAGUUCAACUCAAUUGCCAACGAAUACAACAGUUUCUGUAGAUGCUUCUACGGCAACCGUCAUUGUGUAUACUACUGUUGCAUUUGCGGGCAUAAUUGUAGCAGCUGUCAUCACAGUAGCAGUAUCGGCGGUAGUUCAUGAGACACGUAGAGUAAAGAAAAUUAUUAAACGAGUGAAAGAUUCUUCCAUGAAUAAUGACACACCUCUUAUCCGUUAAUUUUAAGUAAUUCGAAUUUCCUAACGAUGUUGAUAACAAUAUGGUCGGAUUUGGUUAUGUAUACUAUACAAGGAGCAGUAGAUACAGGGUCGUCCGAAGGAUUUUCCAAGUGGGGGUGACCUUUGCAUACGGAUGGGUUGCGCCACCGACACACCCACGCAAAGUGUCGACGGUGCGUAGCGCCACAACCUAAGGGGUCUGGGGGCAUUCCCCCGGAAAAAUUGUAAAAGACCAUCUCCGGUUCAUUCUGAACAUAUCUGAGAGCCACAUUUGUAUCAUUGAAUACAAAAUAAAGAUUAUUUUAGAAAAAGGAGGGAUCGCUCGCCUCCAACGCCCCUCCCCUUUAGACGGGCUUAGACAUCGUCAAUAUGUGACCUAAUACACCCCAUGUAGAUAGAUCGCAGUAUAGAACUACUGCGUGAUGCGGGGAAUGACAUUCAACGGGAAAAUUAAAUAAUUAGGUCCCUGGAAAAUUGAAAUGGGAAGAUUAUAGAAGGAGUGGUACAUGGGGAUCAUAGUUCGUAUACAACUUUACAAGUCCUAAAAACAUGUAGCUUAAACACCCUAACGAUAACACUGGAAUCCAAGAACUCUGAAAUCAAAAACAAUUACAUUGAUAUUUAAGCAUAGGCUAUGUCGCACUUGUACAUGUUUUAUCAGAAAUAAAUAAAUAUAUAAAUACAGAACACUGAAAAUAUGAAA